AUGACGCCAGGAAGCACGUUCUUGGGCUUGUUGGGGCGUCGAAGCGACCUUGAAGACUUGCAGCAGGAUAGUGUUCUUGGGCAAUUGGCAGAAGCAAAGGCGUCCCUCGUCCAAGAUGUCGCACGCAUCCUGCGAAGCUUUAUGGGCUUGGAGCCCUCGUCGUACCCCCUGGUUGAUAUUGCCGGGUAUGACGUGCAUGAACAGGCACCUGAGCGCCAGCCAUGUCAUACUCAGACCCUAUUGACGCCGUCCCUCCUUUCAGGCUUUCUGUCCAAUCAGGUUCCGGAUCAUUUAGAACGCUGGUUCGCACAGUCCGAUUCGGCAUAUCUAUUCACCCUCGAUGAUGAUAGAACCUUGUGGAGAUGGAAAGAGAAGUCGGAGUCAAUGUUUCCACUUGAUGGGAAGGAGGAUACAGGCUCGUUGGAUACGUCGGGCGUGGAGAAGGAAGUUUGGAGUGACGACAAUAGAUCGCAGCAGACAGGCAUCACUUCCGCCGUUUCCGCCAUAUGA